UCCAAAAUUCAGAAAUGAAAUGAUUUAUUUCAUUUUUGUUUUCAAAAUGAUGUUUAAAUCCAAAAAAAACCCCAGAUAACUGCAAGUUAAUUUUCUUUGCAAAUGUUAACCAUUUUCCCUUAAUUAAAUCACACGAAAUAGUAUAAAAUUAGAAGUCUACUGCCAGGUCACCACUUAAGGACACUUAAGACAGGAGAUAUAUCCUUAAUUAUACAUCUGUAAACAAGCCAGAAACCCCAAACCUUCAAUUUUUCAGGGUAGUUAUCUGUGAGGAAGCAUGAUCUCUAUGAUCUCACCUGAAUUUUAUGUACUAAAAUACAGGUCACUAUGAAAUAACGCUAAAGUACUCUGUCCAUCCCAAUUUAUUUUUCAAAUGUUUCUAUAAGUGCAUAUAUAGCGUUGUGUCCUGCUUGUAAUGCUGGGCAAGUCCACCAAAGUGCAAAGACUGCAUCUGCUGGGGCAGAGGGAUGUACGAAAUAUUUUUUAAACAUCCUAACUUAAAACAGGGGUAGAACAUCUCACACGCUCAGCAAUAAUUUUCAGAUUCAACAAAUGGAGAAAACGAAAAAAAAAAAAGUAAAAAAAGAGCAUACUACCUCCAUAACGUUUCAAAAAAUCAUUUUAACAUAUAGGAACAUCCAGAAUGAGAAAAGUACACAGGUACUCCUCCAUCUAAAGCCAACUUCCAUAUGCCAGUAGUCUGCAUGAAAGAACAAACUUUCAACCUGCAUUUAAGAAGACCCCAAGGAUUAACAGACGUUAAUUAUCUUACUCUAAAUGCAAGUUAGUGAUUUUGUUUUAGAAAACCCCGUCAAGAUCACUAAUUGAUGGAUGCCCAUUAAUACACCUGUAUUUGCAUUUCAGCGGUAAAAAGACAAGCAGGUUUUCGGCACAGAAGAGAGCCGCUUUGCCAAGUCUUUUCAAAACGUCAAUAUGCUUCAAGUAAUACCAAAGCUGAGAGAUUCCUCUUGAUUUCCAAACUGUCUAGGUGGCCUGGGUGGUUUUCUGCCGGCAGCAGCCUCCUACCUUUAGUUUGUGUGCCUAUAUCCAUGAGUGGGGAUUAAUUAGCCGGGUUGGAGCUGAAGGAGGUUGUCGUGACGAGCCCAGUGGCGAUUGGCCGCCCGCCUGCCUGGCCCUGCCUUUAUAAUUUCCACACGAGUGCAUCUGGGCUCUUACACAAACCAACAGCAGCUUCUUCUGACAUAUACACACGCAGACUCACCCCGGACACACUCUCAGCACACUUUUCCUCCAUUUGAUUAACAGUGCUGCACACACAAUGAUUACGGGAAAGCGCAAAUAAAUACGGAAAGGGGUGCUUAUUUUGACUACUGGAAGAGUUUUGCUGGGUCUCAGCGCAACUUUUGUUUUUUAUUCCUGAGAAGGUGAUCUCUCCAUGCGGUUCUCUCACACAAGGAUUCUUUAAAAGAGGAAGAGAGACAAGGAGAGGGGGGAGGACAAUCUUUCACUUUAAGAACGGCUGGGCUCAAAGAUAAAAGGAAGGGAAAAGCAGCAGCAGCAGCAGCAGCAGCAGCAGCAGCAGGGAAACCAACGCUGCAGCACUUCCGAAAGGCAUUUUUGAUCCAUUUCUGAGUGUUGCGGCCCGUUUCUCCACCGAAGUUGGCUCCAGCUCUAGCAGCCGCAUUGGAUCCCACAGCUUACUGCGAGACUCCGGUGUACAAUCCGGAUCUCUGCCCCAACAUGAUUGCGGCCCAGGCCAAGCUGGUCUACCAUCUGAAUAAAUACUACAACGAAAAAUGCCAAGCCAGGAAAGCUGCCAUUGCCAAAACUAUCCGGGAAGUCUGCAAAGUAGUUUCCGACGUACUGAAGGAAGUGGAAGUGCAGGAGCCGCGGUUCAUCAGCUCUCUCAACGAGAUGGACAAUCGCUACGAGGGCCUCGAGGUCAUCUCCCCCACCGAAUUUGAAGUGGUGCUUUAUCUCAACCAAAUGGGGGUGUUCAACUUCGUGGACGAUGGCUCACUGCCAGGCUGCGCGGUGCUGAAGUUGAGCGACGGGCGCAAGAGGAGCAUGUCCCUCUGGGUGGAAUUCAUUACCGCCUCCGGCUACCUCUCGGCACGCAAAAUCCGGUCCAGGUUUCAGACGCUGGUGGCUCAAGCGGUAGACAAAUGUAGCUACCGGGAUGUGGUAAAGAUGGUGGCAGACACCAGCGAAGUGAAACUGAGAAUCCGAGAUAGGUACGUGGUGCAGAUCACGCCGGCCUUUAAAUGCACCGGGAUCUGGCCGAGGAGUGCUGCCCACUGGCCACUUCCCCACAUCCCCUGGCCGGGACCCAACCGGGUGGCGGAGGUCAAGGCGGAAGGUUUCAAUCUCUUGUCCAAGGAGUGCCACUCCUUGGCCGGCAAGCAGAGCUCGGCGGAGAGCGACGCCUGGGUGCUGCAGUUCGCGGAGGCAGAGAACAGACUGCAGAUGGGGGGCUGCAGAAAGAAGUGCCUCUCCAUCCUCAAAACCUUAAGGGAUCGUCACCUUGAACUGCCGGGCCAGCCCUUGAACAAUUACCAUAUGAAGACUCUGGUUUCCUACGAGUGUGAAAAGCAUCCCCGAGAGUCGGACUGGGACGAGUCUUGCCUGGGUGAUCGGCUGAACGGGAUUUUGCUGCAACUUAUCUCCUGCCUGCAGUGCCGGCGGUGUCCCCACUACUUUCUACCGAACUUAGAUCUGUUUCAAGGCAAACCUCACUCAGCUCUGGAAAACGCUGCCAAACAAACGUGGCGACUGGCAAGAGAGAUCCUGACCAACCCGAAAAGUUUGGAAAAACUUUAGAGGAUGAUUUAAUCAAGAGCCGAAAUUAUUACCCUUCUCAAAGUCCUUAUUAAGUGUAAACUUCUGUUCAAUUCCUAAUAUUCCACUCCGCAGUGCAAACAAUCUCUUCCUUUAAAAAGGAAUAAUAAUACAAUAUUUAAACAUCAUCUCACCCACCCCCACAAGGGGAGAAAAAGUAGGGGAAGCGGAUGGAGAAAAACCCAAAGCCACUAGUAUUAGAAGACUUCUUUCCACACGAUUUCCUAUCUCCCUUGAAAAGUACACCGUAACACUCUGUAAACAGCCCAGCUGUAACGCCAGACCGCGACGAACACUCUGCCUAACUAUCAAAGGAUUAUAGCAAUCCUGGUGAUUUAGGUGCAUCUGUCUGUGAGUAAACACGAUUUGGAUAUGCCAUCUGAAAGAAACUGUAAUGUAUAUUUUGAUUUGUAACAAAUAUUGUGAUCUCACAUUGUCUUUGAAAGUGUGGAUGUUGGUGUUUUGUGAUUUGGUGAACAGAACUUAAAUUGCCAUUCUGGAUACUUCCAGACAUUUUCCACUAACAAAGAUAUCAUUUAAAGGUAGAUUUCCUCCUGGUACUUUUAUCUGUCUUUGAAAGUGUCUGAACUUUAAAAAGUUUACAUUUUGUUUCAAAUAUUGCUUGUUCUAUUUCUAACAUUCCAUAAAUAUACUUGAAAUGUUAUUUAAAUAUAUUCAAAGAAAUUUGAAUUCAGCUUAUAUAAUAACGCUUGAAUAUCUGAAUUAUAUAUUUGAAAAAUGCACUUGAAAUACACUGGAUAAUUACUUUUGUGAUUUAGAUUUUAAUUUGUUGCUGGUUUUUAUUUAAUUAGAUGCUAAUAAAUGAAGUAAAAUAAAA